AUGAGAACCCUGCAUGGCAUCGCUCUGCUCGUUCUGUUCUGUUCGGCGCACGGAGCGACUUCGAAAAGGCAGAAUGUGACCGACGAACGUGUGAAUGUCGCAUCAAAUGAUGGCAAAAAAGGAGCUUUCAUAAAAUUUCCUCUCGAAGUUGGUAAGCGCAUUGAGGCGGACACAGAUGGAAACAAGAUCAUCAGCACUUUGAGCGUCACUGUUAUGUUGAGUGUACUAUACUUGGCUGCUGCCGGAGACACUGCUAAGCAAAUCGAAAAUGCUCUCAAUUUGCCACCAAAUGCCGAAAAGGUCAUUGAUGUCUUGACAACCCUCAGAAAUGCCGUGGAGAGACCCAAUCGAGACUUCAACCUGGAAAAUUAUCCGUUGAAAACAGAAACGAAGGUCAUUUUGAAAGAGAGUCUAGCUCCGCCUCCGGAGAACGAAAUUGCUAAAACUUUCGCCGAAUUUGUCGCCGAACAUCUUUUCGCCAAGAUUGAAGUUACGCCUCAAUUUGAUGAUACAGUGCGGUCCAAAGUGAAUCAAUGGGCUUCGGAAUUCACAAAAGGCACCAUCAAAAACCUCAUACUGCCUGGAGAACUCAACGAAAAUCAAGCAGCUUUACUGGUGAACGCUGUGCUACUUCAGGCCAAAUGGCUUCAUCCGUUUGAUCCCUCUAGGAGCAAAAAAUACGAUUUCUUCGUUGUUAAAGACAAACAAAACCAGACUUUCAAGCGAAUUCAGGUUGAUGGCAUGAGUGCGGAAAAUCUCCCAUGUCGGUACGUGUGGUUGGAGAAACUCAAAUCCCAUGCUUUAGAACUCAGGCUCUCGGAUUCUCUAUCGAGAGUGCUAAUUUUGCUGCCUGGAGAUCUUUCAGCAAAUUUGGAUGAUCUGGAAAAUGCUGUGGAUGCUAAGUUGUUCACGGACAUUCAUUCAAAAUUAAUGGAGCGUCAAGACGUUGAUGUUCAAAUACCAGUGGUCAAUAUUGAAACUAAGGCCUCUAUGCGCAUGUUACUAGAAAAGAUGGGUAUCCGGAAGGUUUUUGAACGCGAUUCUGCGGAGUUGCCAGGCCUGACUGGAAAACUACUCGACCACUCCAUUCAUGUGUCAGAUUUCAAACACCAGGCGAACUUGAAAUGGAAUGAAACGGGAGUAUUGGCUUCUGGAGGAUCAGUUGGCGACAUAGCUUUUACGUGGAACUUGAGUCCUGUGAUCAACGUCGAUCGGCCAUUCUUACUUUACGUCAACUCAUUCGCGUCAAGCAACUCAAGGCAACCGAACUUGAUUUUAUUCACCGGAAGGAUUUCUCUACCAGUGGUGUCCUACGAGGAAUAACAAUUACUAUUCCCAUUAUUGAAAGUAAAAUGUAUCAAUUUUGCCAAACUUCAUUCGUCACAGAGAAAAUAAAUUUCCGAC